AAAAAAUUGAAGAGCCUCGUUCCCACGUCGAUCAGCACAACACUCUCGCAGGGGAGAAAGGACUGCAUUUUGGAUUAAGCAACAUAAUGGAUCCGAGAAUGUACUACCUGCCAUGAUCGCCACCCACUCUCACGCUUCCCCGAUGCAAAAUGGCCCGCUAUCCCACCUUUGACGAAUACCGCAAACGCGGCAACUACCAAGACGGCCUGAAACGCUGCGAUGACCUUCUCAAGAAGAAUCCCCACGACGUCCAACUUUUGAUCCUCAAGUUUCAGCUGCUCAGCGCCAUCAAAGGCGAUGCACAACCAGUUCUGGACCAGCUUGCAUCCCGGCAGCCUCCCAUACUGGACUUAGGCGACAUUAUCUCCAUCGAGGACGCUGUCGAAAUUUCCCAGCGAGAUGACUAUCCGUCACCGAAUUCCGCUGGUCCGUCGGUGGCCAAACUCUGGGACAAUGCCUUCAAAGCGUCCACGUCGAUGAACCACAGGCUGGAUCUGCUCUCCCUACGAUUCUCUCGAGCGGUGGUCGAUAAUCGCCUAGCCGAUGCCCAGCAAGCCCUUAUCCAACUCAAGGCAUUACAGCCAAAGAACCGAGUCGUGUACAUGGCUCAUGCCGCCGUCACGCAGAUGCUGUCGACUGCGAACGACGACUUAUCCGCUCGCCUCGCUCUGCUGCUCGCACGCAAAGCCGUAACGGACAAGUUCGACGCGGACGACGCACUGGAUUGCAGAGUCCCGGGACAGAUUUUUGCUUUGCAGGCGUCGCAAAAGGAUCUGGAGAGUAUUUCUGACACUCGGUUCAAGGAGAGUAAGCAGGUGUACGAGGCUUUGCACGAUGGCAACCGGAAAGAAGUGAAUGGAGACUCUGCUCCGCAAGCCGAGGCGGGUGCUGCUUCAUGGGAUCUAUCGGGAAUUCCAUCACUAAAUCAACACUUCGCCGACUUGACCAAAUCCUCGGCUUCCCUGGACACCGUGCUGGCCUUUGCCACAAACUCCCUCCAGCUCUUCCACACAGCCAGCACAUCAACCUCGGAUCCCCGAGGAAGAGGCGCAGCAGACGCAUGCUUCCUGUCCAUCUCCGCACUUACCAGAGCCUACGAACUGUCCAGCGAUCAACGCUACCUCCUCACAGCCGCCUUUUCCGCCGAAGCUUUGCUCAAACACAAUCCUCACAUCCACGAAGCCCGCCUCAUUCUCAUCUACCUCUACAUGCGCCUCGGCCUGGGCAGCCUAGCACUGCACUACUUCGACUCCCUCAAUAUCAAAGAAAUUCAACACGACACCGUUGGCCACGUGCUCUUCACCAACCUCUCCCUCACGCAUCCCCACAUUACGACCGUGAAGAGGAAUGCCGUCUUUGAACCCCUCAAGCGACUUUCCCUAGCAUUAGCAAUGUACACCAAGCACGAGGAGAGACUGGCAGAGACGGAAGCGAGCGUGCUCAAUCACUCACAGACUGGAAUGCUGAUCGAUCUACGGGAAUUGCGGGAUCACCUGCGCUUGAGCGUCACUCGGCGCAUCACCUACUUGGAGCAGAGGCGGACUGCUCGUCUGCUGAACAACGCGCUUGGUCAAGCCGCCGCACCCAUGGGCCCAAGAGUGCUGGCAAACUGGACGAACAUCGUCGAUAACCGAGACUUUGCCGCCGCGUUCGACUUCGGCUACAAUGUCGAGCGAGUGUUGUAUGAACAAGACGGCUCUCAGCCUGAAAAGCCGUGGAUCUUGCGUGCACUAGCGGCAGACUCGGCUUGGUGUCUUGCCAACGGCCAUCCGACUUUGGUCAAAGACGUAGACGCCUUGGUGUCUGAGCUGACAAGUCUCGAGCCGAGUCUGGAUUCCCUGAAACUCGAUGGGAGUGAGGCUUCGGUGCUACAUGUGGAAAUUCUCGCGGGUGACCUGGCAAACCAGACUCUCCGGACACUCCUACAUCUCGCGUCCAACGAUCCCGAACUACCUCAAGCCGCCGCAGCGAUGCUCAAAGCCCUCGAACGCCUACCCAUCACAGAACUGGUGAGCAAGGAGGGGGUUCUCGCAGAGCACCUGACAGCACACUACAACCUCCUCGACGUGCUGCGGACCGUGCUCAAAACGUCAAAACUCGCAGGGGAGAAGGCGAAAGAGCAGCACGACCUAUUCGACACAGCGCGCAAAUUGGCCGAAGAGCACUGUACCGCGCUCCGCGAUCACGCAAAGGAGCAAAGCAAGCGUGUCUCUGCUGCGGCAGUUAGAGAGUACGUUCAACGGGAGGAGAGAUUGAAGGAUAGCAUGGGGCUACUUGGAGAUGGCAACCUCGCCGAUUUUUGCCAGGCUGUUGCGGCUUCUGCGAAAGAAGGGUGGGAAGGCGUGACGAAGAUUAAUUAGAAACGUUUUGAAUAUGCGUAUUAGGGCGUGUAGAUAGCAUUGCGGUACAAUCGACAUUGUGAAUGCCGUGCAAACCGGGCGCACAAUGCUUCUC